UCCCCCUUCCUGGUUUCCUUCCUUCCUCUUUCUAUCCUUCAGGUUGCGGAGGGUGAGUUGCAGGCCUAGAGCGCUCCAUGCGCCUCCAGCCCGCCUUCUCCUUCUCGCCAUUUCUCCUUCCGAGGCUCCGGGAUUCUCUACUGCCCUUUUUGUGCCAAAGAUGGAAAUGAUGGAAACGGAUAACAUACACCUAAAGCGUCCUCUUUCUGAGGAUAAAGAGGACAGUGCAGAUGAAAUUAAACGGCAGAAGGUCUCAGAAGAUGCACUGCAGGAAAAAGUGAAUUCUGACUGUAAGGCUGACGCUGCAGCAGAGGGGCCUGAGAAACCUGUUCUCGAUUCAAAAAACACAGUGGUAGUGAAUGAAGAGAGCGAAGACCAACAAGAUGAAGAAGAAAUAGAAGAAAGUGUGGGAGACGGAGAGCCAGAGAGCUUUGCGGACAUGAUGAAGCAUGGGCUGACAGAACUAGAUGUUGGCAUAACAAAAUUUGUUAGUGCUCACAAGGGCUUUUCUGGAAUAUUAAAAGAGAGAUAUUCAGAUUUUGUUGUGCAUGAAAUAGGAAAAGAUGGACAUACCAUUCAUUUAGACGACUUCUCUGUGCCGGUGGAUGAGGAGGAUCCUCCAGAAGAGAAUUUUACAGUUUUAUCAGUUGAGGACAAGCAGCGGUUAGAAGAACUGCAGCUUUUUAAAAAUAAAGAAGGCAGCGUGUCCAUUGAGGUCAUUGAAGAUACUAAAGAAAAAAGGACAGUCAUACACCAGGCUGUGAAGUCUCUGUUUCCCGGAUUAGAGACUAAAACAGAAGAUCGGGAUGGAAAAAAAUAUAUUGUUGCUUACCAUGCAGCUGGGAAAAAGGCACUGGCAAAGGUCAGAACUUCAACAGAUCCAAGAAAACAUUCUUGGCCGAAAUCUAGGGGAAGUUACUGCCACUUUGUAUUAUACAAAGAAAACAAGGAUACCAUGGAUGCUAUCAAUAUGCUGUCGAAAUUUUUAAGAGUUAAGCCAAACAUAUUUUCCUACAUGGGAACAAAAGACAAAAGAGCUAUUACUGUUCAAGAGAUUGCUGUUCUCAGAAUUACUGCACAAAGAUUAGCACACUUAAAUAAAUGCCUGAUGAAUUUCAAGCUUGGAAACUUUAGUUACAAGAACCAUCCGCUGAAGUUGGGAGAAUUGCAAGGAAAUCACUUUACUGUGGUUCUCAGAAAUAUAACAGGAACUGAUGAGCAAGUUCAGCAUGCUAUGCAGUCUCUCAAAGAAAUAGGAUUCAUUAACUACUAUGGAAUGCAAAGAUUUGGAACCACAGCUAUACCUACAUAUCAAGUUGGAAGAGCUAUUCUACAGAAUAAUUGGAAUGAAGUCAUGGAUUUAAUAUUAAAACCACGUCCGGGAGCUGAAAAAGGCUACUUAGUCAAAUGCCGAGAAGAGUGGGCAAAAACCAAAGAUCCAGCUGCAGCUCUCAGAAAACUGCCUGUGAAAAGAUGUGUGGAAGGACAGUUGCUUCGGGGACUUUCAAAGUACGGACUGAAGAAUAUAGUCUCUGCAUUUGGCAUAAUACCACGAAAUAAUCGUUUGAUGUAUAUUCAUAGCUAUCAGAGUUAUGUGUGGAAUAACAUGGUGAGCAAGCGAAUAGAAGAAUAUGGUCUUAAAGCUGUACCUGGAGAUCUUGUGCUAAAAGGAGGUACUGCUACUUAUAUUGAAGAGUCAGAGGCUGACAAUUACACCAUCCAUGAUGUUGUGAUGCCAUUGCCUGGUUUUGAUGUUAUCUAUCCAAAGCAUAAAAGUGGAGAAGCCUACAAGGAAAUAUUAGUUGCAGACAAUUUGGACAUCAAUAACAUGAAACAUAAAAUUCGAGACUAUUCAUUAUCAGGAGCCUACAGAAAAGUUAUCAUUCGCCCUCAGCAUGUGAGCUGGGAGUUGGUUGCAUAUGAUGAUCCCAAAAUUCCAUUAUUUACCACUGACUUAGACAAAAUGGAAGGAAAAACACCUGCAGCUCUUGCAACAGAAGGCAAAUACAAGGCUUUGAAGAUGGACUUCUCCCUUCCACCAUCUACUUAUGCCACAAUGGCCAUUCGAGAAGUGCUAAAGAUGGACACAAGCAUAAAAAAACAGACACAGCUAAAUACAAUAUGGCUACGCUAAUGAUCUUUUGCAUUGAUUGGAUAAAAGUUUUAACAUAAAAAUUGGGUUCUUAUUGAGUAGUCUCACCCCCCCCCCCCCGGUACUUUCUAAUUAAAAUGUAUUUUUGUACUCGCUUAACAUAUAUAAUUUGAAAUCUGUUGCAAAAUGGUGUUCGUCAAAAAUGUAAGUUUUUUGGUUUUCAAACUGUUAAAGAAAACAUGGUGCUGGAGGUAUUUGCAGAUUGCAACAUGACUGGCUUGCAGAAAAAAUUGAUGGCUUUGUCUGUGAUUUCAGGUCUUCAGAAAUAUUCAAAAUGUUUUCUCAAAUAUGGUAGUAGAUGUGUUUUCCUGAGUUUGAUACUAAAUAAAACUGAUUGCAGGCAUGCUCAGUUCGGUGAUACCAAUUAGGAUAGAGUCUUGAUGAAUCCACAUUUAUAUCUGGAGAAUAGAUAUAUUUAGCCUUAAGACUGCUGACAGGAUCUGGGUUUACAACUAUUUCCCUUGCUGUGAUGUCCAUGUCUUUGUGUAAAUAUAUGUACCUGUUUUUAUUUGGGAUGCAAUUUUAUUAAAUGGUUGUGUCUUUUCACAACCUGUUUCCACUUGUAAAACUAGAUCUGAUGAACUAGAUAUGGAUGUGUUUCCUUAAUUAUUGUUGUUCGGUUCCAACAUUCAUGGUUUGUCUGUUGCAGGCAAUGGAUAAACUAGGAAAAUCUAUAUCCUGGAAUUACAGGAUUAAAUAGCCCUUCUGAAUUUGA